AAAUUAAGAACACGUCAUUAAAAAUGAUAACAACGCCAACACCAAGCCAUUAAUUUCCUUAGCGUGGCAAGUAACGUGAUCUUAGUAAAGGGGUAAUAUAGUCAUUGACUCAUUUCACAUAAAGAAAAAAAAAAAAAAUCUUGUCGUGCAAGCAGAAAAGUAACGGCACCGCUAACAAAAACCGUUUAUACGGAGAGAACGACGAUUCUGACCACCUGUAAAUAAACAACACUUAGCUUUCUUCUUCUUCUACAUUCUUCAUUUUUCCCCUUUCCCCAAGAAAACUUCUCUUUCUCUCUGUUUUUUUUUUUUUUUUGUGGUGAUAAUGGCGGCGCAGGUCGAAAUUGAGGACCAAGCGUCUGUCACCAACCUUGAUAAUGGCGAAAUCUUCGAUUCACUCUCCGACGAUGCUGAUUCUUCUUCUUCUUUCUCCAAAACCGACUCUCUGAUUCUUCUCGGUGAAGGAAACCCAGAGCACGAUGUUAUCAAGACGUGUUUACUCUCUGGAAUGGGUGUUGUUUCUAGCGACACGACGAUCGUGACGAUUCGGAAAAACUCAUCGGAAGGAAUCACGACGAGAGCUAAGUUUCUUUCCUUUAGGAUUUUCACUGACGCUGUGGCUAGGAAACACGGCGGAGAUGCGAAUGUUAAAUAUGGUUGGUACGCCGGUUCUAAAGAUGAGAUUCAAAGUAUCAUCUCUUACGGAUUUAGUAAUCGCGAUGUUGGAAAAUUCGAGAAUGAUGGUUGUUCUCAUGGAAUUGGAAUCCAUUUGGUUCCUUCUAAGUGUUCUCUUCUUGCGGCUUCAGCUACAGAGCCAGAUGAGGAAGGAUUAAGAUAUCUUCUCUUAUGUCGUUUGAUCUUGGGGAAACCUGAGUUAAUCGUUUCUGGUUCAAAGCAAUCGUAUCCGAGUUCAGCUGAGUUUGAUUCUGGUGUGGAUGAUUUACACAAUCCUAGAAACUAUGUCAUAUGGAGUUGUAACAUGAAUUCGUUUAUUCUUCCGAGUUAUAUCGUCAGUUUUAGGUCUCCUCGUCUUAGAGUAAGUAGAGGUGGUUUUGCUGCAAGACCAAGCUCGCCGUGGGUUAGUUUUGCCGCCCUGAUGUCAAUGUUGUCUAAAUCAAUGGAUCCUUCAAGAAUGAACUUGAUCAUCCGAACUUACGAUGAUUUUCAGAAACGGAAGAUCAGGAGAGACCAAUUGGUUAGGAAGAUGAGAGAAGUGGCUGGAGACAAUCUUUUGGCUGAGAUAAUCAAGAAUCACAGAGACAAAAACAAGGUCAAGAAUUAAAAAAAUACAUCAUGAGGUAAGCAAGAGUCUUUAUUUAUUCUCAACUAAUCAAUUUAAUGUAAAGUG